AUGCCUCAUGCUCUUUACAGUGAUGAUGAUGAUGACGAUGACCAAGCAUUGAGAGAAUUUCUUCAUAACAAGUACAGCAACAUAACAGUGAGCAACAACACAUCGAGUACUCGAAAUUUACUUGCUCAUUUCAAUCCUCAACAACAACAACAACAACUGCAAUCAACAACACUCUCAAACCCUUUUUCAAAACCCUCUCAACCGUCCAUCAUCCAUAAUGCCCAUUCAUCUCUUUCUUCCGAAAAAACACGAGAAAACGAUGAAGACACCCUUGCCUACCAAAAGUUUUUAUCUGAAAAGGGAAGAGAUUUAGCCACGAGAGCGAGUUUGAAUACAACAAGUUCUAGGAACAUUUUGGCUGGAGUGGAUGUGUCCUUUCUCUCCAAAUCAUCGAGAGAAGGAGGGGGCGAAUCUACUGCCACCAAGGAAGUCAAUCAUCAGUACUUGUCGUCAUCAUCCACUCAUGCGAAUGGCUCCUUGCUGGGUCUUGCUCAACCCAAACUCCAGAGAGAAAAUUCAAGCAUGAUCCAUGCAAGACCCAUGUUGCGAAGAGAGAAUAGUGUCAUGAUUAGUGCUGCCAGCAAGAACACAACAGGAGUUCCAACUCAAUCAUCAUCCUCUGAGGACAAGACAUCAUCGUCCGACGGAGGAUCCUUAUUGAGAGCCAAUUCUUCGAUGGGACUUGCAAGAAAACCUGGUGUACUUCGACGAGAAAAUAGUUCCAUUCAUGCCUUAAAAGCUCUCGACUCAUCGAUGAAUGAGGGCAGCGAACAACAACAACAACAAAUGGUUAAACUAUCGAAUUCAGGAACACGAAAGGGAGCACUUCAUCGCGAAAACAGUAUUGUUGGGAAAACUGCAGAUAACACCAAUCUUCUCAAAUCCUCACAUUUGAAUCAGAGUAUGCCUGUCAUUUCUCAAGUAUCUCCAGCAAGAAGAUCAAUCAGUAAGAGAUUGCUUACAAACUACUCACAAAAUGCACUUCAUGAUGAUACGACGAGCGUCGUGACCACAGAAACAGAUAAGGUCAGCCUGAAUGAAAUGGAAACCGAAGUCAAAAUAACCCACAACAGCGAAUUGGCCAAAGUGAAUUGUUUAGUUUCGCAAUAUCUGGCUUGUGGUUUUCCUGUCAUGGUGUUUGACAAGAAUGGAACUGUUGAAUACUUGAAUAAGGAGGCAGAAAAAACUUUUGGCGUUUACAGCUUUUCAGCACUCGGAGAAGGUUUGCAUGAAUUCUUUUUGCACAAUUCAGUGAGUGAAAUUCAUCAAGCAAUUCAUGAGUUUUUCAAUUCAAAUGAGGAAGCAGCGUCGAGCAAUACACAACACGGUGACUGUCCCAUCUCAACUUCAGAUCUCAAUUAUUAUAAUAACUUGCCUCAAGAAAAACAAUUAGAAAGGAAGAAUACCUUGAUGAAAACUAGAACCCUUCGAGGAAAAUCCUCUCUUAGAAACAAAUUCUUUAUUCUCACUACGAGAAUUAUUCCUGUUGUGAAAUGUGAGGAAAUUCAUUUUGCAGCUUACAUGCAAAAACAUCCAAUAUUUGUGAAAGAUUCCAAAGCACAUAUGAUCUCUCGCUGUGCUCAAGCCAUUAUUGAUAUAAUGAUUAUUCCAAUAAUUUCUAUAACAGACCAUGGUAUUAUUCAAACAUUUAACAGUGCAGCGUGUUCCACUUUUGGAUAUAAAUCCUAUCAAGUACUAGGAAGAAACAUAAAAAUGUUGUGUAACGCAAAGGACAGGGCGAAGCAUGAUACCUAUCUUGAAAAAUAUAGACACACACGAGAGAAACGAGUGUUAGAUAGAGUGACUAGGGUUAAAGGCCAAACAAAAACAGGAAAAGUGAUUCCUCUUGAAAUUAGAGUUUCUGAAGUUUUGGAACCACAUGGUAAAUCAAGUUUUGUGGCCUAUUUGAGAGAUUAUCGAACACUAGCAACCGCAGAAGAAUCUUCAGUGAGAAUUGCUGCUAAAAUAUAUCCAAAAAGUAUUGCUGAAAGAUUAGAGUUAGAAGAACGAGUGGUUGACACAAUACCUAAAUGUUCAAUCAUGUAUUGUGAGUUAUUGGGAAUCUCAGAUUUUGUAAAAGCGAGAUCCUCACGAACGGUAGUUCGAUCUCUCAAUGAUAUUUUCUCUAAAUUUGAGCAAAUUAGCUCAAAAUUAGGAAUUGAACAAAUGAAAGUGGUCGGAGAUGGAUAUAUGUUGGCAUCAGGAAUUGAUAAAAGCGAACCAGGGCAUUCGGAAAAGUUGAUUAAGGCAGCAAUUGAAAUGAUUCGAUUUGUCAGACUCUAUGCUUCCCAACUAAAUGAUGAGCAUCAAAAGGAUGACCAUGAUUUUGAGAUUGAAGAAAUUGCUCUUAAAGUUGGCAUUCACUCCUCCAGUGAUAUUGUGGCUGCAACUAUUGGCAAACAAAAACCAACAUUCGACCUGUUCGGUAAGGGAGUGGAAAUUUCAAAGAUUUUGGCUGCCACUGGAAAACCAAAUCAGUGUCACAUGAGCAAUGAUUGCUACAAGGAAGUGACUUCUGAGAAAUUAUUACGAGGAUUUGUGGAACAUUUUCGAGAAGCUGAACAAGUGUACUUGGAAAACAGGUCAUGUCUCUAUUCAAUGCCUCAAUCGACAUGGACAACUCAACUAUAA